CUGGCCCGCGCUCAAGACGAACGGCGGCCGAAAGCAUUUAAGCGACUCGUGGACGCACCGCAGCGCAUAGCGUGGUGCGGUGUGCUGAGAACUUUGCUCCGCCACUCCAAGGGACAUGGUGCGAUGAUCGACACCGGCAAGCGAUUCAACGAUUGUCAGAAGGCAGGCAAGUGUUCAGAAACUUUUCGAAGCCGGCUAGAAGUGUGAUUGGAUGUCUUCCAACUCCAUAACUGUGCACUGUAGUUAAUAUGUUGCAUAAAAUCGGUUUGCGUGUAACUGUGUGCGUAGUACUGUGCAGUGCAGUGUUUUUGUGAAAACAGUCCCAAUCGCAAUUCCAAACGACAAUUGCACCAGCUUAAGAAUCCGCCACCGUGCGCAAUAAAAUGAACCCAACGAUGGUGGUCGGUGGGAUGCAACCGACGAUCGAAGAAUACUUUAAGCUGAUUCCAUUCUAGCGGUCGGUAUGGUGCGGUAGCUGUUGUGGCAAAAACUCAAACAACGUGACAACACAAGCUAGUAUUAGGCACUUGACAAAUCUCUUCCUAACAUUCGUUCAUUGCUGUGAUAAAAAGUUGACAAAGCGGAAACGCCUCGAGAAAACCCGUCUUGUCAUUCCACCGAACGAGCGGCAAAGCUAAAGACUUUGUACGUGCAAAAUAGUGCUGUGAGUAGUUUUAAGUUGCAGUUGCAUCGAGGCAAAGAACUGUGUGUUUGUGUCUACUAAACGCUUGAUCGGGCGAGAUAUUUUAUGCUGGUUGCCGCUGUGUCGGGAGAAACGUGAUAUUGAACUGUUCUCGCCUACAAAAUGACGGGGAAAGAUUCGGUGGUGCUAGUGGACAAGAACACAACGCCGCAAAUUAUGGCCACCGGCGAGAAGGGUAUGGCAGUCACGCUGGCUACCGUCGAGAGCCAGCCGAACAAAGCGGCCGAGCGAGGCAAGGCCAUGCGCCAGGUGGUAGCCGCAUUCGUAGCCAACCUGGGCACGAUCAACACCGGACUCAUCUUUGGCUUCUCCGCCGUAGUUAUUCCCCAGCUGCAGGCCACGGAUUCGCUUAUCCCCGUCGAUGAAAGUCAAUCAUCGUGGGUUGCAUCCUUAUCAGCGAUUGGAACUCCGAUCGGAUGUCUCCUGAGCGGCUACGUGAUGGACAACUUCGGGCGUAAAAAGGCGCUGAUAGCAACGCAGAUUCCGACGAUCAUUGGCUGGAUCAUCAUUGCUUGCGCGUCAAACGUGGGAAUGAUCUACGCUGGCCGUGUCUUGACCGGCUUCGGUUCGGGCAUGGUUGGUGCUCCGGCCCGUGUCUAUACGUCGGAAGUAACUCAGCCACAUUUGCGCGGAAUGCUCUGUGCGCUCGCCUCGACCGGCAUCAGCUUGGGUGUGCUGAUCCAGUACACGCUGGGUGCGUUCACCACAUGGAAGUUCCUGUCCGGCAUGUCGGUAAUCGUACCGGUGGCCGCUUUCAUUCUCAUGCUGCUCAUGCCUGAAACACCGAACUAUCUCGUUUCGAAGCAAAAGCCCGAAAAGGCACGUAGGAGUCUGGCACGGUUGCGCGGCUCUAGCUACAACAUUGAUCGUGAGGUCGAACAGUUGCAGUCGUUCGCUGCCAAGACCAACGCAAGCGGCAAAAAGCAGCUCAGCAUGCGCGAAACAAUCCAAGCACUGGUACAUCCGUCCUGUCUGAAACCAUUCGCCAUCCUGACGGUCUACUUCAUGAUGUACCAAUUCAGUGGAGUCAACACGAUCACGUUCUACGCGGUCGAAAUCUUUCGGGACUCGGGCACCAAGAUGGACAAGAACACCUGUACCAUUCUGCUUGGCGUUGUUCGGCUGAUUUUCACUAUAGUUGGCGCUAUUCUGCUGCGUCGUUGUGGCCGGCGUCCACUCACAUUCAUUUCCGGCAUCGGUUGCGGUUUCACAAUGGUUGGUCUCGGUGUGUAUCUCUACUUCAAGCGCCAGUGGGAUCUGGCUGAUCCUCCGAUCGAACCUGUCGCCACCUGGUUCCCAGUGGCGUGCAUCUUCAUCUUCAUAACCACUUGCACGGUCGGCUUCCUGAUUGUGCCAUGGGUCAUGAUCGGUGAGCUGUAUCCGAUGAAGGUGCGAGGACUGGUAGGCGGUUUCACCACCUGCAUGGCACACAGCUUCGUGUUCAUCGUGGUCAAAACGUACCCCUUCUUGACGCACUUGCUGGAGCGCCACGGAACCUUUAUCCUGUACGGAUGCUUUUCCUUCGUGGGCACUGUUUUCUUCUAUCUUUGCCUGCCGGAAACUAAGGGCAAGACAUUGCAAGAAAUCGAAGAUUACUUCUCGGGACGCACCAAGACUCUGAAAAAAGCGAAACCGGGCAACGCCGAUCAACAGGAUGGCCAGCAGUUUCUCGCCAAUGGUGCUAAACCGUCGGUGCUUUCACCCGAAAAGAACAAGCUGCUUCCAUAACGGAACAUGCAACCAAUUUCCCCUGACCGGUGCUUUAAGACAGAUCUGCCCUCAAAACAUAAUGGAAGCGCCGGUAGUAUCCUGAAUCCUUCAAUACGGAUCCGUUUUGUUCCUAAGUCACUAUUUUCGUUAAGAUAGCCUUCUGUACUCUAUGCAUAAUUGUUCGUGCGUCCUGCAAAACAGACAGGCGCACGUCCUGGUACGAUUGGUACGAGUCCUGGUACGAGUAGUACUGUUAACCGAUGAUAUCACUAGAUUUUUGCGUGUUUCGUUCAUUUCACCCAGUCAGACAUUAAGUAUUAUUAGAAACGCGUAUUUGAUAGGAGCAGAGUGUAGAUAGGAAGUACUGUUUUUAUAAAAGUUUUAAAAUGCUAUUCAAAACGGGUAAACGAACGAGAACGAUGGAAUGCUGCUUCAAAACGUGCACACAGAGGGAGCAGGCCAACGAAGUGAGAACGGUAACAACAGAUAAAAAGCACAACCCAACAUCUGUAUCGCUUGUACGGCGAAACUCAGAACCAGCAACUGAUAUCUUCUCAAACUAACAAUUAAGACAUUCGCCAAAAGUGCCUGAAGGUGGGAAGCAGAACAGCAAAGCAGAUGCUGCAACGCGUGUAGUCUUCACAAAGACAUAGAUAGUACUCGGUCGUUCUGAACGUUACCGUUGAAAUGUGCACACCAAGCCUGUAGUAGUACUUAAGGAAUAGAUUUAGCAAAGUCUGGUAGGCUAGCUCAUCCAACACACCACAAGCGAAAGCGUAAUCAAACUAAUUACCUAUGAGAUUGCAUUGAUUCCCUGCGAAGAGCUUCUCACGUACUGUUACAGAAUAAAACACCAAUUAU